CCUCAGUUCCCCUCCUGGUCCCAAACUUGGAUUUCGACUUCACGAAACAGUGAUUUGUUCAAGUGGCGAGAAAAGAAGUCCCACUGGGCCCUUCUCCUUCUCUGUGUAACGUCCUGCUAACAUUCACUGAGAAUGGGUGACUGGAGUGCUCUGGGUCGUCUGCUGGACAAGGUCCAGGCGUACUCUACUGCUGGGGGCAAAGUCUGGCUGUCGGUCCUCUUCAUCUUCAGGAUCCUGGUCUUGGGUACUGCAGUGGAAUCAGCCUGGGGAGAUGAGCAGUCUGCCUUCAAAUGUAACACCCAGCAGCCUGGUUGUGAAAAUGUCUGCUACGACAAAUCCUUCCCCAUCUCCCAUGUUCGCUUCUGGGUCCUACAGAUCAUCUUUGUGUCAACGCCCACACUGCUCUACCUGGCCCAUGUGUUCUAUCUGAACAGGAAGGAACAAAAACUAAACAGAAAAAAGGAGGAGCUUAAAUGUGUGCAAAAUGAUGGGGGUGAUGUUGACAUCCCAUUGAGGAAAAUUGAGAUGAAAAAGAUGAAGUAUGGCAUUGAGGAGCAUGGCAAAGUGAAGAUGAAGGGAGCUCUGCUCAGAACCUAUAUAGUUAGCAUUUUUUUCAAAUCUCUGUUUGAGGUGGGCUUCCUGGUUAUUCAGUGGUACAUAUAUGGCUUCAGCCUCGCUGCAGUUUACACCUGUGAGAGGGACCCAUGCCCACACAGGGUGGACUGUUUCCUGUCCCGUCCAACAGAGAAGACUGUCUUCAUCAUCUUUAUGCUAGUGGUCUCACUGGUGUCCCUCUUGCUCAAUAUCAUAGAGCUUUUCUAUGUGCUCUUUAAGAGGAUCAAAGAUCGCGUGAAGGGCAAACAGCAGCCCACACUCUACCCCAGUGCAGGUACGUUAAGCCCCACCCCUAAAGAAUUGUCCACCACCAAGUAUGCCUACUAUAAUGGCUGUUCCUCCCCGACUGCCCCACUCUCACCCAUGUCCCCCCCAGGCUACAAGCUUGCUGCAGGGGAGCGGGGAACCGGGUCAUGCCGUAAUUAUAAUAAGCAAGCCAAUGAGCAGAACUGGGCCAACUACUCUACAGAGCAGAGCCGCCUUGGCCCGAACAGUGGAGGAAGCCUGAUUUUAAACUCCCAUGCACAAGCCUUUGACUUCCCUGAUGAUACCCAAGAGCAUAAGAAACUGUCUUCAACAGCAGGACACGAAUUGCAGCCACUUGCUUUGAUGGAUGCCAGGCCUUGCAGCAGGGCCAGCAGCCGGAUGAGCAGCCGAGCCAGGCCAGAUGACCUGGACGUGUAAGCCCUGGUUCCUCCUCUUCCCACCUCUCUCUAACAGGAUGUGUGGCUACAGGUAGAGAAUCAGGAAACACUCCAGCACAUAUGUUCAUGUAAGAGGUGGGACUAACCUCAAUCACUCUUCAGUGUAGAGACUUUAAAUCUUGUUAUGUAACACUGUCAAAAGGUACAAGUUGACAAUGUUUUUUCAGUGACUUUGACCCUAACUUUGUAGCGGAGCUAACCCAGGUUUAAGAAAAUAGAAUAACCACAGGAACAGUGUCUGAUAGAGGGCUCCUUUCAAUCAGUCAUUGAUCAGUUCAAGAAUGAAGGACCACACUGGUGGCCACACUAAGUGAGUAAUAUGAUUUAAAUUUGUCAGUUACAUUGACAAAUUUGGUAUUCUUCUGAUUGAUGACAGCAUUUUUCUAGCACUGUCAUAGCUGAGAUCUGAUGUUAUGGUGUUAACUUUACAAAAUGGUGCCUUAUUAGUUGUCUUUUUAACAUCAGGCCACAAUAGCAAAUUAGCUAACUCUGGCUUAGUUACAGUUCUGUUUCCUGUUGAUCAGCAAGCUUAAUCCCUGUCAGAAAAACUAAUAAAUAAACACAGAGUUCAGUAUGGUAAGAAACAAAUUCUAAUAGCCCCAUGUUUGAAAUCCCUGAUUUGGCCAAAUGAACUAAUUUGGAACUGAAAGACUGAGUAGAAAGCGAACACAUCCAAAAUGUCAACUGAUCACAGGCAGUAAUUAUAACUGCAGCCAUGGACGAUUUGGUAUAAUAAAUACAAGCUGUUCCAAAAUAGUCUUCAUAGAACGUUUUCUGCUCUGCCAGCCCUGUUAUUAAGAUAACCAAAAUGUAUUUAUUUAAGAACUAAAUACUAAAAUACCCCUGCUCCUGAGAGAGACUUAUAACAAGUACAGUCACAACAGGCUUCUUGUUGAAAAAAUGCAAAUAUUGUUGAACAUUUAAUCAUACUAGUUAUUUGAACAAAGGACCGAUCCUGUUGUUUUCCAGGCAAGUACAGUCCCUUGUGUUAAUAGAAACCAGUGUGAUCAACUGUAUGGAGACCUGAUGCACUGUUACAAAGCUGUGUGAAGCUCAGCAGUAUAAACGUGAACAUCCAGAGUCCAGGGUGUUUUUCAGUCAUGUUUGUAUUGAGAGAUAGUUAUAUAGACUCAGCCACGCUUGCAUUGAGUUGCUCUUGCAGUUUUAUCGUGUAAUAAAGCUGAAUUUACAGUAUGUGUGAAUCAACAUUACCAAUACAUUUCCUUCUGUUUUGAUUUGCAUCGUAACUAUCACAGUUCUUAAUGAAAAUCCCAUUUCAGUCUCUCAGUCACAACAAAGUCAGGAAGUACUGUCAAGUGCCAUCAAGCAGAGCAACUCUAUGUAAAGUGUUAACCACUUGGCUCAUCCUUUGCAGGCAACUUACAGUAAGGGUUUUGAGGUGAAGGCUUAUUGUUAGUUGUAGUGAAUAUUUAUUGCUUGGCAUCUAUAUUAACACCUACCACUAAAAAAUGAAAAACUGACUACUAUCCACAAUCUCUUUCUACCCAGAAAUCUUCUCCCCCAAAACUGUAUACAGUAUUUAUUGACAGUAAACUCAAUUCAUACAGUGUAUUUUUCUUUAGUAACAUUGUCAGUCAUCAUGGACUGUUGUUUCCUGAUAAACUUUGAAUUUAUGUAGUGUUAUGUUCUCAUGUUGUAGUUUUGUCUCAUUGCAAUGUGUGUAGAAGUGGCAAGUUUUAGGGUUCAGGCUGCUGUGACACAGAAAACUCCAAUCUGCUUUUUAUGUGGGUUCAGAAAGGCUUUAUUACUGUCAUUGAUUCAACAAGUGUUUUCAGUUUUUACAUCUUUUGUGAAUGGUAGAGAAAGAAGGAUAUCUUUGUUUUACAUUGUUGAGGGAAUGAUUUUUUAAAGUCUAUAGGUUUUGUUUUUUGUAACUGUUGCUGCUUGAGAAAUAGUUAUUUAGUACUGUAAGAUAGAGCUAACUGUGUCACAAAAAUGUGAGUUUUUAGAAGACUGCUUAUAGAUCUGGACUAAUAUUUAGUCAGUUAUAUUAAAUGUAAGCCAAUGUAGCUUCAUACCUACCAAACAUUAGGAUAAAUCUCAACUGUAAUUCUGCAUCAUUUUGUCGGUACUUGGCGUUUGCACUGAGAUCUUGGUGAUGGGGAUGUAAUAUGAUGCACAUAUUAAGGGGAUAAGAGUUUUCUUAUACACAUGUUACUAAUUUAUUUUAUAACACAAGAAUAACUACAGUGCAUAAUAUCAGACAUCUGACCACCGAUCUAACUGUGAGAGAUGUCUUCCAUUGACAGCACAGGAACAAUAGUCAUUUGUUGUGUAUCAGACAAUGCUAAUCCAUGAAGGUCCACUGCUGUACAGUGUAAGUGCAUGUUAGCAAAACAAAAACUCAUUAACUGUAUGAGUGAAAAGUCAUUUUAACCAAUAAAUAUUUUUCUUUCUUGA